AGGGACUACUCGGUGUUUGAGUCUUACGGACUAUCCCGUGGUUCCUAUACAAGUCCUAUGGUGGCCUAUGGGGUCUUGUUAGCAAACAUUGGAGGAAACCAUCUUUCAUACACAGGAUAUUUACAGAAAUUUAAUUAAUUAUACGGGUGCCGUGAAAGGCGACAACAUGUCACAGGUAGGGAUACCUCGCCCGUCUUUUUCGGGACCGGGGCAGAAAGUUGGUGUAAGCUUACCACAAAUUGAACACCCACUUUCCAGAAUGGAGAACCCAGACAAUUUAGGAGUACGUGGAGUAUCUAGGGCCGGAGACAGGCCCGGGUCCCAUCCAAACUUUGGAAUGUCCAGUCGUCCGCUGGCUAAUGAAAACUCCUACCCCACAAGGAAGAGUGUAAGUGCCUUAGGGAGGGAGAGCCGGAGGGGGUCGAGGAUGGCCAUGUCCUAUCCCAAUUACAACGCCACUGCCAUUCCCGAGGGAGUUGAAGUCACGUACGGGGAUCCCAACAAAACAAGACUCCCGGUUUUUGGAAGUCGAGCUGACGUAGUGAUGAGCCGAAUGGGAGCGGAAAGCCGUGUAUCCUCCCGACUGUCCAAUGCGUCCACACGUGCAAGAUUGGAGGUAGACGAGAUUGAGGCGAAACUGAGACAGAAGAUGAGAGGAAGCUUCUAUGAAGUAAAGAAAAGGUUCAAAGACAUGGACCCAGAACAGAAAGGAAAUGUAUCACGGGAAGCUCUUCACAGGAUUCUGGUGACCAUCCUAGCGACAGAGAUGGGACAGUCUGUCUUUAACCGAUUGAUGGACCGGUUCGGAUUCUCUGACCGCCAGGUGGUUAAUUACACGGAGUUGUUUGCACAUUUCCGUGAGAUGCCUGAUGACUACCCUCAGUGGAUGGACCCCGUCCAGAGGAACUACACCUCGGACAAAGCCUCCAUGACCUGUAGUGAGGUUCACGCCCAGCUCAGAGAGAAGGCCAAGCAGAGGUUCCUAGAUAUAGCCGACCUGAUUCCACAGAUUAACCCUGGAGGUUCCGGUCGGAUCCUUAAGUCAGAAUUUAGACAAAUGUGUAACAAACUAAUGUUCUAUAUGGAAGACUCCGAAUUUGAAAAAUUAUGGAAAAAGUAUGACCCCAAAAUCACAGGAACAAUUGGAGCAGAGAGACUUCUGAACAGUCUUGGUAUAACUUUCCGAAGUGGAACUCCAAAUAAAGCUAGGCCCGUCCUGUCUCCGAUCCCUGAGCCUGGAGAACGCAAAAAAAGUAAAAAGAACAAAAACAAAAAGGCUAAAAUCGAGGACAUACCGGAGCUAGAAGAGUAUGGUGGCUCAAACUCCAAUCGGUCACCCCGCCGGAAGGAGAUAGAAAGAAAACAGUCAUUAGAUGUGGAGAGAUGGAUGAAGAAUAAAUUCCGAGAGGGCUGCCACACCAUGAAGGAAGCUUUUGAGGCGAAGGACGAAAAGAAUUCGGGAGUUGUGGCCUUUGACGACUUCCUGAGUGUACUGUCGACCUAUGGCCUAACUUUAGAGAAGAAGCUCCUGGCAGCCUUUCUAUCCCGAUGUAGUGUCCAGGCUCGGCGAGAGGGUGUCCCGUACAGGGAGUUCCUCCAUCGUUUCCAGGACCGAUCAGAGACCGGCAUGACUCACAACAUCCUCACCAACAACAAACACAGGCUAGUCAGACUGGUGAACAAGCGUCCUGACAGCCCAGGGGCUGGUUCUACCAUGAGCAGCAUCGAAGUGCAGUUGAUGAAUAUGUUCCAGAGGGACUUCCUGGCAUUGCUUGGCACAUUCAAGAGUAUAGACAAACUGGGUAUGAACGUGAUUAGCCAGGAGGAAUUCCGGGCAGCCAUGGAAAGCAAAUUCCAGUUCCAUCUCACUGAUCCACAAUUUGAGCAUUUCGUAGAUAAACUCCCUCUGGAUGAAGAUGGAAAUGUCAAAUAUGCAGAUUUCAUGCAGCAUUUUGACACAAAGGGUCUUGCACCAAGUUUGUUUGAGACUCAAAACAAAACAGACGCUCCUGUUGUCGUGAAUGGUGGACCUGGGGCUGCCAUGGCACCAGUUGAAGAGGCGAUGGAAGUUGACCCUGACCUCGAGCUUGAUGAGGCAUUGGAUAAUUUCGGUGUCAAUAGACGUGCUCCCCAAGAGCUCUUCAGUACUAUUAAAGAUCUACUCAACAGGAGGUUCCAAGACGUAGAAAAGGCAUUUUAUGCACAAGACGAAAUUAAUUCUAGACGAUUAUCACAAGAAACGUUCUACCAGCUUAUGAAAAAGUUUGAUAUUCAACCGGAAAUUUCCAGAGGCGAAAUCAGAGAUCUAUGGAAGACUUUCAUAACAAACACUGACAAAACGCUAGACUACCACCAGUUUGUCCGCCACUUCGGAUUCUCCAUGCGCUCAGCUGCAUUUCCAAACGCCAAAGUCAACCCUCCGAGGAAAGGUGAUGCAGAUUUCAUGCUGCGAUCAAGGAAACUCAACUGUGCAGCUGACAUGUUACAGGACAACCUUAGGGCUAAGGUGGAUUAUAUGUGGGAGGACCUACGGAAGGAGUUCGUAGCCAUGGAUCCCUAUGGUACCGGGUUUGUACAGAGAGACGAGUUCCGGGAACUCCUUACUGAGCUCUGUGUCCACCUCAGCGACUACGAAGUCAACAUGCUCUGUAACAAAUUCGAGAUCAGGAAAGAUGGAAGGGUUAACUAUAUCGAGUUCCUGAAGCCCUUCGCACUGAGAAAGCAGGUGUGGCGCCAUGGUAACAACAUGCUGUCCCUUCUUCAGCAUCCACAGCCAGAACUGCCCAUCACAGACAUUGUGGAACCCCCACAGAAGGGACUCCACGGUAUCACAGCCAAACUAAGGCAGAAGCUGGCGGGAGACUGGAAGAACUUGCGCCGUGCCUUCCGGAAACUUGAUAAAAGGAAUGUGGGUUAUCUGUCCCUGCCGGAGUUCCGGUCUGUGCUGAAACUGGCCAAUGUGAUUCUUGACGAAGAUGAAGUGUAUCACGUCAUGACCCAAUUCGAUAACAACAUGUCCGGGAAAAUCCCAUACGAAAAAUUCAUCGAGGAGACAUUUAAACCCCAGACCAAUCACAGCGUUAAGAGAUUGUGAACAGACAGACAGCAUUACUAUUAAUAUUGUUUCUAACCAAAAUUCUGAUAUUUUGUUUAUCUUGAGUUUGCUCACUAUACCUCGUAUAAAUGGUACUUUCCCCGAUACCAGAUUACUGUUGUUGCAGUUGAUCAUUGAUACGUUAAUUCCUAGGCUCAAGUUGCCGAAAACUAUUAUCAAUAGUUAAUAUUAAUUUGGAAACAAUCGGGUAUAUAUAGGUAAAUAAUUACACACUGUAAACAGGAGUUUACUUUGGCUUGAUUUCCUGUAAACACGCUACAAUAGUUUUCUCGUUCCCAAUGGUUCAGUCUUGUUAUAAUAGACACUUGUUGUGAGCAUAGAUGGUAUACGUUAUAUAUUUACACCAUGUUAAGAUUUUGUUACAUUUGGGUGAUUAAAUUGUAUAAAAUUUAUUGUUUAUAUUCUGAGAUAUUUUCGCUUAUUCUGUGUCACUGUCAGGUAUGAAUGUUUCUCUAUGACGUAUUUGUUUUAGUAUCGUCAUCACUGUAUUACCUAUUAUUAUGACACUAGUAUUUAAUAGUAUUAAAUGACAUUAUUAAACAUUUUACACCAUUGUCUAUAUCACAAGUUUAUCGACAAAUAUUUCUACAUAUAUCUAUCAAUAGAUGGCACAAAAACCAAAACAGGUAUUUAAUGGAUUUUAUUUUAUUUUUCAUACGGAUAAGAAAAUAUUGUAGAUAUAUGGACGAGGAUAGUUUCUACCAACGGCUGUGAUAUCAUUUUUGUGUUACUUUAUCAUGGUUAUUUACUUUUUCAUUGUGUGUAUCUUUUAUCAGUAUUAUUGUUGCAUAAUAUAUCGGUAUACACAUAGUUUUACGUGUUAAUGAAUAGCGUUAUAAUUAUUGUGAUAUGAGGGAAAAAAAAUCAAUGAUUAAAAUAGAUUUUAAUUGAUUUAUGUAUCCCCUGUACUGAAGACUGGGUUGCUUCCCUUGUUAUCGAGGGCUCCUGUGUGUUUUUGUCUAUUUUUGUUUUUCUACGUCUGCCUAAGAAUGAAUUAUUUUCACGACAGUUAUAGUGAUCUAGUCAUGCGUUAUACACUAGAGAAGGUAACCCCAUAUUGAACGGUUAUGGCUAAGAUAUGGUUAUCAAUAGAAAUAUUCGUCAAACCAAGUGUAAUGUUUGUAUAAUUCCAAACUGAAAAUAAAUUACCUCUUAAAGAGUCAAAUAAACAACAUUAUAAUUCACCUUCUUAUAAAGUCAAAUAAGCAAACUCAUAACUUAAAAUUAAAUUAUGGAUGAUGUGUGUCGUCCAAGAUCAAACCCGUCCAAGGAACAUGUGUCCGUCUCUUUGGUUCCAGGAAUGGGGAUCUUCCCUUUCUGUCCCACACAGUAACCGUCUGGCGUGUGUGAUAUUUUUCCAUUUUAACUAACAAAAUCAAUCAUGUUUUAAAUCAUUGUUUCUGAAUAAAUAAAUAAAGCUAUGUGUGAUAUU